UUGAUUUGGUUCUCAUUCACCACACCAUCGUCAAUUCAUCAUUGUCUCAACUCUCAUCGAGAUGACGAGAAUGCCGUCUUAGUUUCUUCGACUCUAUGUCUAGGACCAGCCGUCCAACGUCUAUGAUUCUCCAGGGCCAAGCUCCAACCAUCCAGUUUCUGUGAUUCUCCAGAGUCCAGGUUCCAGCCGUCCAGUGUCUUCGUUUCUUCCAAUCUCCGACUUUGUCUCUAGGAGCAGGAUGGAAAAUCGAGGACGGAAAAAAGGGAAAACUAUUAUCUCCUUCUUCAACAAGAAAAGUGGAGAAGAAACAUCAACAAUUGGAACAUCUUCGGGAUCAAAAUCUACUAUCGAUCCUCCGAUUCAAAUAGAAGCAUCAACAAGUGUCGAUAUUCCUAUGAUUAGUACAGAACCUCAACCUCAAGCCAAGGUUCAAAGGAUUUCAUUUGAUGAGAACGAUCUUGAACGAGAUCCUGCACUACGUAUUCCAAUAUGGAUUCAUCCGGUUUAUAAUAAAGAUGAAGUUAGGCGUGCUUAUGUCAAAUGGGGACCAAAUCAACCUGUCUUGGCCAAGUAUCCGAGGGCUAAAAGUGGAGGUCAAAACCGAAGAUUUCAACAAAGUUGGUUCAUAAAAUUUCUAUGGUUAGAGUACUCUAUUUCAAAGGAUGCAGCAUUUUGCUUUCCGUGCUUUGUUUUUCAAGAUCACGAACCUUUACAUUCUGCUUUUAUCAUUAAUGGUUUCACUAGUUGGAAAAGAGUGAACAAUAGGGCCAGAUGUGUAUUCUUAGCACAUAUGGGAGGUCCUACUUCCCUACACAAUAAUGCAGUGAGAAAUGUUGAGGCGUUGAAGAAUAUAUCUCAGCACAUCGAUAAAGUCAUAAAUGUUCAAAGUUUGGAAAAUGUUAAGAAAAAUCAUUUGUGUCUUAAGACUACCAUUUAUAGUGUUCGAUGGCUUACUUUACAAGGAUUGCGCUUUGAGAGGUCAUGAUAAAUCUUUAAC